AUGCUGGGACCAGCACUGCAUUAGGGGUAGGUCUGAAAGAGGGCUCGGCGUUAAAGCAGGAACUGGAGCGGUUCAGGUCGAGGUCCAGAGAGUCGAGCGCUGAGGUCGAUCGGUCACCCCGACUGUAAUACUGCAGCAUGGCUACUACCAAAGUGUCCAUUUCGGAGGAGAGCGUCAGCUGUCCGAUCUGCUGUGCUGUGUUUAAAGACCCCGUGGCUCUGAAAUGCAGUCACAGCUUCUGUGAGGAGUGUCUGCAGCAGUACUGGAGCAUUCAGGAGGUGCUGCUCUGUCCAGUCUGCAGGAAGGAGUGUUCACGGGACGAGCCCACCAGGAGCCUGGCCUUCUCCAGCCUCUGUGAGAACUUUAAAAGCAGAGAAAUGGCAACUCCAGCAGGCGACAUGUGCCCUGAGCACGACGAGAAGCUCAAGCUCUUCUGCUUUGAAGAUAAGCAGCCCGUCUGCGUGGUGUGUUACACCUCAAAGAAGCAUAAAAAUCAUCAGUGUGCUCCCAUUGUGGAGGCAGUGCAGGAGCUGAAGGCAGAGGUGAAGUCAGGGGUGUCAGGUAUGCUGCAGAACCUUCAAAUCCUGAAGAAGUCUGUGGCAGAUUAUCAAAUCUUGGCAGAGGCUGUAAAGGAGGAGAGGCAGAGUGUGGAGAAGAUCCUCAGGCAGGAGUUUGACAGCCUCCAUCAGUUCCUCAGAGAGGAAGAGGAGGCCAGGAUUGGUGCCCUGAGAGAGGAAGAGCUGAAGAAAUAUAAGAAAACCAAAAACAGGAUUGAGAAGUUGUCAUAUGAAAUCUCAAACCUGUCCAUGACCCUAAAAAUGAUCAACCAGGAGAUGGAGAUAGACGACAUCACUUUCCUCCAGAACUAUGCUAAUGGCCACUACAGUCCAGCUAGGAGUGCUCUCCCAGAGCCUAACAUGAUCUCAGGAAUAGAUACAGCAAAACAUUUGGGAAUCGUGAACCUCAAUUUACGGGCAAAGAUAUGUGAACUGCUCCAUGACCCUCCCAAAUCGGUGACUCUGGACCCAAACACGGCCUCUAAUAAGCUGGUGGUGUCGGAGGACCUGAGCAGCUUGUUUUUUGUGGAGCAGAAGCUGGAUGUAGCUGAUGACCCAGAGAGACUAUAUGUAGGAGUGCUGGGCUCUCAGGGCUUCAGAUCAGGCCUCCACUGCUGGGACGUGGAGGUGGGAGACAAUGACCACUGGACCAUAGGAAUGGUCAAGCAGUCUGUGGAGAGGAAGAAGCUGCUAAAGAUGGAUCCUUCAAGUGGAAUAUGGAGCAUUCGAUUCAUCAGUGGGAAAUAUCGGAUCGGGAUAAAGUCUCGGAGGGAGCUCAAGCUGCCAGAGAAGCUACGGGUCAUCAGAGUGCAUCUGGACUAUGAUAAAGGAAUCAUCAGCUUCUCUGACCCGUCCAAAGGUCCUACUCUGUUUACCUUCACUGAUACAUUUGAAGAAGCACUAUUUCCAUACUUUAAUACUGCAAGCACCAUCUCCCCACUGCGCAUAUCAUAAAUAGGAGCUAAUGCUGCCGUUUCCUAACAUGCCACAAGGUGGCAUCAACCUCAAUUUUUACCAGUGUUUUCCAACACUAGUACUGGAGACCCUGCAUUUUAGUACUUUCCCUGUGUAAAUGCAGCCACUUUAACUCAGUAAGGGCUUAAUGAGCUAAUUAGUUGGAUAAGGUGCCUUGAAAGCAGGGAAAACUCUUAACAAGGGCUGGGGAGUGGGCCUCCAGCACCAGGAUUGGGAAAGGUUCAAAGAUGAGCAAGAAAUCAUCUUAGCUGCAUAUUAAAAAUUAGAAGAAAAAUUUUAAAAAUCUGAAAAAAAGCUUUGGCUCAUUUGUAAGUUCAAUGCUUGUUGAUGCCACAGGAAUCUGUAGCUGGGAGUCCAAAAAAGUAUGAUUGGGUCAUGAUGUCACAAAACCGCCUUAAAAUGUCCAUAUAUUUCAUUGUGUCAUAAGCAUUACACAGGGAAAGAAAUAUUUGCAAAAUUUAUAAUGCCAAUUUUCACUGUUCUUACUCUCAUUACUGCAAGGUGUCUACAUGUGUUGAUCAAUAUUUAUGACUCACUUUUUUUAAAUGAGAAAAAACGGGCUUGUCAUACUGCUGCUGCAUCUCUUUCAUUUUGAAGUUUUCCUUGAAUGAAAAAAUGAAUUUAAAAUCAAUGAAAUCAUUUAUUUUUUCAUUAUUCAACAAGGCAACAUAAUGCUUUAGAAUUUUCAGGUUGGGUCCCAGUAUUUUUUUUUUGUGGGUGGGCGAGUAGGAUGGCCCUCCAUCUCCCCCAUCACUCUGCGAUGCAAGCCAGCAAAUAUGUGUGUUAGCUGAUGUAACAGAAUUGGCAGUUAACAUUCUCUUCCAAGUGCAUUGAGCUGUCUGGUGGUCUUGCAUUAGCACUUGAAAAGAUGCAUUGGAGUCUCCAAAGAAGCAUGGACUGGAAUUUACCCUUUCAGCUUAAUAGCAGCCUAUGAUAAGGGGAGACCUAGCUAGCAGAUGGAAUGGGCCACAACAGAAUUAGGGACAAAAAUUGGUUUUAAAAAAAGCUGGGAAUGAGAUUCUUUGUGAGUGUUCCAACCCUACAAAAUAAAGCUGAUGUGUGCCUUAAA